CAAAUAAGCACAUUGAUGUUCAUAUACAUGGUUCUUAAGUAGACAUUCAAAGCAUCAUCAACAUAGCCAUAGGACACGUGAUGGAUUCAAGAUUUCUUAGACGUCGAAGAAAUAUUAUGGGAUAUGGAUGUCAAUGAGAAUGUGUGGAGGAAUGUUAUCGUUUUAGUACGAAUUACAAUUAGGAUUGUGUUUGACAAAAUUUAAUUUUCAUUCUUGAAACCCCCGGUCUUUACCCUUGAAAGGAAACAGAGUCAGAUACGAAAAUGGACGACGAUCUCCUGCGUGAGCAGGAAGAAUUUCUGCGGACAUACAACCAGUCCCGCCCAGGUGGUGCUUUAUCCAGCAGUUCCAGCUCGAACGACCAGCGCUUACCAAGCGGAGUCAGGUUGGUGCGACCCGGCCAGGCCCAGGGUCAGCGCAAUCCUAUAGCUUCUGCAAGGGGACGUCGACAGAGUGACGAUGUCGACCAGGAUGGAGGCGUAUCUGGAUCUGGAAGCAAUGACCAACAGAUGAAGAAAGAGGGUACUCUUGCCGUCGCGUCCUCGGGCAAAAUUGAAAAGAAAGGUAGCACGAGGACGGUUUCUGAAGCCAUCAAGCGUGCGGAUCCGGAAUUGCAACGCAUUGACGAUGCUCGCCGGGUGCACGAGCAAAAUUUCCGUGUGGGAACAGGCGAUCAGUUUCCCCGCGUUUUAUCGUCCUCGAGAACGUCGAGGCACGUCGUUGACAGCAAUCGUCACGACACUGGGCGAGGACGAGCAGGUGUUCACGACGGGGUUGAAUUGGCUCAUGAUGCGAGUAAAGAUUCUGACGCAGGAGUAGAGACGGGCACGCGUGGUCGAACGGUUGAAUUACAAAAGAAGAACUACGUAGAAGAUGUUGGAAUAAAAACCGCCAGGACCACGGACGAUGACGGACCUAGUUGUAAAUCGGCGAGUACAUCAACGAGUCGCGGGAAUAAAACCCCGCUGCCGGAGACUGGAACAGUUCUCGGCGAGAUCGUCGAGCGAGUCCUGGACGCGGAAAGGAGCCCGGAAAAGAGUACUCGUUUUGGAGGCUGUGGCUCGGGAACGCUCGACGCGAUGAAUAACUUCUUGUCAUCUGUCACCAGCCGCGCGGCCGGACCACUACGUACCAAAAUGAAAAGAGGAAGCCUUUUUGCGCAGAUGCGACAAAUAAACACGCAGGCUGAAGAGGAUGUUGACACAGUAGUUUCGUGUGUUGCUACAACUUCCUCCACCACGAACACAGACACAGGCGCGACUACUGAGUUACCGUCAAAAAUGUCGUCGACGUCGCAGCCAAGUUGUUCUAAACCACCUCCACCUUCGCUAAUGAGUAAGUCGCGCUUGAGUCCCAUUGACGAAAAUUCUGAGCUAGAUAAAGAUCCAGCAGGCGCUGUUUCGUCCGCAUUAGAAAAAAACGAGGCCGAGCACCUGGAAAAAAUUGCAGCGGAAGCCUCGAAGAGGUUGGAUGGGAUGUCGCACGAGGAAAUUAUUGCUUCUGUGGCCGAAAUCAACAGCACCCUUUCGCAGUCGCAAGUCGAAUUCCUCAGAAAGCGCGGUAAAGCCAAGAAGUUGCAGGAUGAAAAAAAUCAAGGUGUUGACAAUGCUGAGAAUGGUGGGAGCGCAGGACGAGGCCGUGUAGAUUUAAACCGAGCAGUACAGGAGGGAAAGGUUACGAACCAGGACGGGGGCAGUCGCAGUCUAUCCUCUUCUAAGCGCGGUCGGACCUCGAUUUUCAAAAAGCAGCGCAACGUGAUAACUACAUCCGCUGCUGCACAAAGCGCCGACGAAGAUGCCGCCACACCACACCUCACGACCACGCGACCAUCCGCACCGGCCCAAGAGGAUGUGGAAAAACGAGGUUUUGGCGCGUUUUUUGACCACGCGCCUAACAUCGUGGAGAAGGAGCCGGCUGGCGAAACGCAAUUGGUCGUCGACGUGGAAGACUGCAUGCAGCGAUUGGCGAAAGCGAAACACAAAGCUCUUGUGAGCAAGGUCGACCACAACGACAAGAACACUCUAGAAGAUUCAUCGGAAAAUCGGCCUGCAAGAACGCCUCAGCUGCAGGAGCAACAUCCGCUGCCGCCUCUGCGUUUCUCGAAAAACGAGUUUAAGAAGUUGGAGUGGACCGAGCCCGUUGUGGACCCGGCGCCGCUGGAGGAUAUGUCCAAGAUGAAAACAAACGCGAGGGAUGAUGUGAGGUCCUCAGGACCACGUCCUCGGGGUGGACUGAUUCUGGAUAACUUUCGGUUCGAUACGGAGGGCAAAGUCGUCGAGGAAAGCCAGCUCGGGGACACCUACCAGCCGCACCUGUACCAUCAUGGCAAAGAGCCGCACCGGGCGGGAUACACCUUUGAGGAAUUGUUGCGUUUGGCGCAGAGCGGCAGCACACCGCAAAAGACCAUGGCCCUCGCUAUCCUCGCCGCGGCAGUGGACCAGAUUUGGCUGCUCGAAGGGAGGUUAGCAGGAGUGGAACAACCGCAGGCGAAGAAUUUUUACCCUUGUAGUUCUGCAGACGAGUCGCUCGCGGAGGUAUUCGACCAACUACAGGACGUACCCUCGUUGAUGUUGCCACACCUGCUCGACCCUGACGCGAACGUGCGCUGGCACGCGCUUCUGGUUUUGAAAAACUUCGUCGCCGGGGGUUAUGAUCGCACAGGUAAUACUAAUAUUUUUUUUAGUUUGAGACUUCUGCGUGUGUUUUUUCAUGUCGUGAUUGAUUUGAAAUCAAUCAGCUAUCAUUUUUACAUUGGUUUGCAGUUCCCUUUCGAAGUUUCCGUUCAAAGAAGUUGCAAUGAAAAUGAUGACAUAACUGAACCAUUAUAGAAUACUUGCACUGACUAUCUUCAAUCCAGUGACGAGAAUUCUACUCAUGUACCACCAGUCUGAAAAAUACAAAAAUAAGUAUGACAGAGAAAAAUUGACCUGAUGGCAAGAAUCGCGAAUAGGUCGUUGCGCUCUCAUCUUUUCAUUUUUACGUAGAAUUUUUGAAGUGCCAAAGAACAGUGCAAGUAGACGAGAUGAACAGCGCGACAUCCUCCCUAAAACCAAACACAGAUUUUUCCCAAGACGUUGACGGUGCCACCGCGUCAUUCUUCUACGCCAACCCGAAGUGCGUCACGUGGUUGGAUAUUUGCGAAGAGUUGUUGGGUGUCGACGCGGUGCCGGGACCCGCGGCGUUUCGACCGCGACCACAAGGUCCGGCAGAUGUCCUGCACGGGCUUCUGGAGCAACAAAAGCGCGUCAGUACCCGCAAGAUUCAUGUGGCGGCAAAACAAGGCGACGUCGACUUGGGUGGUGGAUUGGACGAAGUAGAACAACCCAGCAAUAAAGCUGCUGCGGCUAGCGCUAGUACACAGGCCGCGGAUGACAGGGAGGACGAUGAGAACACGAAGUCGACUGCAGCUACUAGCCUGGAUAUGAAGAAGAAAAUCGACCUUUCACUGGACGUGAUCGGUAUCCUUAGCCAAAUACGUGAGAUGUGCCUCAAGUUCGCUCCGCUACAGCAGGAGCACGACGCGGAAAACUACGAACGAGAGGACGGUGUUAAUAAGAGCUCUUCGCAGAAGUAUGUCAGUCACCGUGUAGACGACGAUUUCAUUCCCUCGACUGACCAGCUGGUGUUCCAGCAACCGGUUAGUGAACGUUUGUUGGUGGUCAAGCUGCUAACUGCAUUGAUGCCAUACCUGCGUGUGGACGAUUGUUUGGAGAGAGGCGAGGGCGGGUCUUCCGAGGGUCACAUCAGUCUCCAAAUCAUCGCGCAUCUGGCAAGUCUGUCCGGACUCAAUCAUUGGAUGUCGCUUCUUUUCGAAUCGUCCCAACAAGCUGCGCAACAAGGGAGAAGAAGUACUACAACCGGUGAAAAUGAUCCUGAUGAGAACAACAACUACGCAGGAGCCAACUUCAAGAACCACCACCGACAGGUCGUGGACGAGACUCUUCAGCUGCAGGGUCUUCGUGCGGCUAUUCUGCGAUUGAUCCGUGUUAGCUCGCAGAUUGGUGGUCCUCUGGUUACGCGUUUUUGGUUUCAGAUGUACGCCGGACGGAUCACGCUUGCCGCGCGGGCGGCAGUCCUGCGGUAUUUGACACCCAAGAUGGACCACUCCGCUGUUUCUGGUGCCGAAAAAACGAGGAUCGACGAGGAUCCUUGCUUCUUGAUUGAGGGUUGCAUCGAAGGAGUGCGCCUCUGGACGCUGUGGGUGCGGCAUGGCCUAGGGGUAGAUCAGGACAUGGCGGUUUUUUCGGUCUACCUCCGAGAAAUGCUCGUUCGUGGGUUCCAGCAUAAUAGUACCAACGACGACGACGACCCGGAUUUUUCUGACAACAACGCUGCAACUGGUGCCCCUAUUGAGGAGCAAGCCGCCGAAUCAUUUGACGUGGCCAAAAACAAGCGCACGCAAAAGUGGGUGCUGCUGCAGCAGGGGCUUUGUGCCCUCGUUCUCCGCUUUUUGACGGAGCUCCUUGUGCAACGUGGGAAACUGGGAGGCGAUGAAAUGCACGAAAAGCCGUCCCCCGAUGCAGCAACGGCCGCGAAGCAACGCGAGGAAGCAGAGGAGCUUUACGACUACGAACUUUCGUCGCUCGUCCGUGGCGGCGGGCACUGGUUUUUCGCAUGCCCCGAUUUCUUCAACUUUUCGACCCUCUUCCGCACGGGAGACCAGGUCGACCCCGUCAUUUUUUACCAGCUGCAGGCAUUGCAACGAGAGAUGCGAGAGCAGUUUCCCGACGUUCCCACCAGCGACCCCCUGCCGGCUGCCCAGAGUUUGGUGCGCAGGAUAGUAAAAACCUCGUCCACCAAAAAAUCUUCAAGCGGAGAAGGAACAUCAAAAGGUGGCUUUGACCUCAGAGCAGCCUUGUCACGGCUUUCCCUGCGAGGACCGGUGGACCCGCACGUUGUUACCGCUUUGGAAACCGCGCACAAUACCGGCUACUUCUGUGUCAGCCGCAUCGUCAAUACGGCUUUUCCGACACUUUUUUUUCCAGUCUGGAACUCCGGCGUGCAGAAAACGCUGGAGUCUCUGGUGAAGGGACAAGUUUGGACCAGUUCGAUGCGGUACCAAACGUCCAGAGAAAACGCUAGAAACGACUACCCGUGGAAGAUGCGCACGGUGCCGUCGGUGGUCGCCUGCUAUCCGCCUGUGGACCAGUGUAGGCUGCCGCCAGAGUGCGAGCAAAAAAAGCAGGAGCUCCCUUUCACGAUCGUGCCAGAAGAUGCGGUUCUUGGCUACUUCCACCUGGCAGGAGGGUCGACGGCGCAAUUAUCAUCCACGUCUUCACAAGAUGUAGAUGGGUCAUCGUCAUGCCCGGCGCGGCCCCUGCGGAAAAGCUUCUUUACGACACCACCAGGUGGACGAGAAAGUGCUAGGACACCAACUUCGCCAAGUCCCUCUGUCGCCCAGGACCAUCUACCGAUCAUGCACUUGCGACACUUUGUACGCACGCAUGCUGGAAGCAAGGAUCCUGUGCGGGAGAACGAGGGCUGCGUUGGAGGGGGUCUACUUUCUGACCACACUAUCUCUGUGGCGCAGAUCGAAUUUGAUAGCGACCAGCCAGAAAGUCUCGUUCUCGACCUCGUUCGGAGCUCCAACGGUCAGCUCCGCAGCGGCGCCGCCGGGAUUUUCGAAAUGAUCGCCAGCUGUGACGAUCCCGUCGUCGUGGCACGCUUGCUGCUGCAAUGGUGGCCGCCCCCACCGGGCGUCGCACCUACCGACGAUUGCAGCCCGAAGACGAGGAGAAAUGACGGCUCUUGCGCUACUAGCUGUGUGCUUUCCCUGGAGUCCACGAGGUGGACAGCUACGAAAACGGUGUCGGUCGCGUUUCGAUUUGCGUGCCUUGCCAUGGCCCUGUGUCGUCACUUCGAUUCGAGGUUGAAUGUCCCUGCUGAUAUUAGUACCCACGUCGCUCAUCGUCAUCUUCAAGCCGCACUUUGUUCAAGUUCAUCCACGGAGGAGCGGGCUGAGCCAACGUCGGGAUCAUCAACAGCAGUAGAACAAGCGACAAGCACUGCCCCAUUGAUGUCCUCGCCGACUGACCUGCCACAGCUGUUGCUAAAAGUGCACGCGCGGCUGCUCCUCGGCACGUCGUGGACGAAGACGCCUGAUAACAGCGUGGCAGACCUGCUGCAGCAAGUUUGCGAAGACCUGUGCAGCCUGUACCUCUCCUACGGCGACUUCAUCCCGGUACUGAAAGCGUUUCUGCAGAUCCUGCGCGCCGCUGCUUGGGCACCCAAGUCUUGCUUGAACACAAUCGAGGAGACUGGUGCGGCCGACCUGCUCAACCGUGGUGCUGGUGCCGCAUAAGGAUCUUCUGGGUAAAACAAGAAACGGCUCUGCGCAUGAACAAUAUUUAUUACAAAGACGAAUAAUAAUAAAUGAAUUCCAGCAGCUUCAUCGCAACCCUUGUAGCAUCUUUUUUUUGAUGAAGAACAUAAAAUAAAACUGCUGAUCGUCGCAAAAAAGGAUUACUGUUCAGGCAAAAAUUUCUACUCUUGUGCAAGCAGAGGUAGAGAAGAGCGAGAAGGAGAGUUAUUAUUUACGAUAAAACUAAAAGCAAAGUAGUUGGCGACAAGAUCGACUUCGCGAUUUACGAUAAGCGCAGCGCUACGACUUCCAGGAACAUCGUUCGCCUUCGCGCCCCGGGCGACCAAUUUAAUUUUCAGUGCUCCAUUCGCAGUCUGAAU